AUGGUGAUAGUUCAUGUAGGAAAAGGGAAUGAUAGGCCUAGUCAGCUUCGAGAAUUAUUAGCAAACCAAGAAUCUGCAAAUUGCCUGGAAGAAGAAGAAGAAGAAGUGAACGAGCUUUCAAAUUCAAGCGUGUCAAGCGAUAUAUCUUAUGAUCCUCCAAACCAUAGAUAUCAUCGCUGCAGAAAGAGCGAUGACGGAUUCGAAGAUAUUGAUCUCCGAGAUGAUGCCAACAACAACAACAAUAAUGGAAAUGAAAUGAUUCAAGAAGAGUCGUCUUACGAGUCUUUAUUUUCGCUCUCCAUAGAUUCUACUAGGAGAAGAAACAAUAAUCCAACACCAGAAAUGGAUGAAAAUAAGGAGGUCAAUAGUCCAUUUAAGCAAUCUAUCAAAUUUAGUGCUAAACAUCAGGUCAGCCAAUUAUCAGGGUUGAAUCCAAUUCAAUGCAAAGCAGGCCCCAUUACAACGCCGGCCUCACCAUUGAAAAAGAAGAAUCACGAGAAGGAGAAUAUCGAUAUGAAUCUUCUCGACUUCAGUAUUACGUAUAAUAAACGUGUACAAAAAGAGCCUAGUUUGAAGCUCGAGGAGAAUGAAAUCGCGGUUGAUACUAGCCUUUCAAGUUGGACCAUGAAGUUCGAUGAUAGAUCAAUUUUAGGAGAGCUCAAAGAUGAAAAAAAGCCCAUUAUAAUCGGGACUGUUGGGAGCUAUUUGAGACGUACAGGGCAGACUACUACAGUGUAUUCAAACUAUGGCAUUUCAUCUUGCUGA